AUGAAGAAUUUUCUUGAAAAAUAUAUAAGCAAUGAUUACAGUAUUCGAAUGAAUAAUGUAUCAUAGAACCAUGGUAUUAAAAUAAAAAUUAAUUUAUUAGAAUAUUAAUUGAAUUAAUACAAAUGUUCUUCUCCAAUAAUAUUUGGAAAUAGAUUUGCAUCACCUUCUCCAUUUAGAUCUGUUACUCCAAUUCAAGGAUAAUUAUCACCAGCUAAUCAAUCUCGAAGAGAAAGUGCAUUUUCAAGGAACUCUGAUAACUAUGAUUUUUCAGUUAAAGAAAAAUCAAAAAUAUUAAAUAAACCAAUAAUUUAACAGUAUCAAAAAUAACAAGAAUAUUAAGAUGAAGAAGCAUAGAAUAUUGAUUAUUUUUUUGAUAAAGAAUAAAUAAUUCUUGAAGAAUAAGAACUUUUACAUGCAAAGCUUAGAAUGAUACGUGAUGAUUUCAAUUUCAAAAUAUAAUAAUUAGAAGAUUGUAAUUAAUUAUCUAAGUUUUAAGAGAAUACCUUCGAGAAAGAUAAUCGAUUCUUUAAAAUCUAUCAAUUUCAAUUAAAGAAGAACAAGACAGUUAUAAUGAAUAAUCAAAACAAAAGAAAAGAUAAAAUAAAUAAAAUGAGAUACAUACAAGAGCUGAUUCUAUGCAUAAAUAAGAUUCUAAAAAUGACUCAUAACCAAUCUAUUUAGAAAUGAGAGCAGCUAGUUCAAUGAAAGAAUAAAGAAUAGAUUCUAAUCUUGAAAAAAAAGAUUGUUUUGAUAUUAGACGAGAUAUUCGUCAUGAAUCUAUUAAUGGUUAUAGUUCACAUCAUAGAAGAGAAUCAUCAUAUAAAACAGUUAAAUUAAGAGAAUCUAGAGUAAAAAGAGAAGAAUCAUUAAAAUGUGAUUCUAUUAAAGAUGAUUAACCAUUAAAGAGUGCAUUAAAAAAGAAGGAUUCUAAUAGAUAAACUUAUAAUUGUUAAGAUGAUUCUUAAGAUGAUUGGAAAUUUAUUAAAGAAGCUAAAAAUAAUUUAGAAAAAUAAAAAACUCAAUUAGAUGAUAAAUAGUCUCCUAAUAAAGUUAGAUUUGUUAAUUAAGAGAAAUCAUAAAAAAAAUAACAGGAUAAAGUAGUUAAAUAAAAAUAUUUAAAUGAUAUUGAUAUAUUUUUAAAAUGUAGAUAUUGA